AUGAGUCAAACGAGCUCUCCUAUGGGACUAAAACGCAAGGGACGCGCCAAGUCUGUGACCAACAACGUCGAGCGACUACAUCGGUAUUCUUCAGAUUUGGCCAAGAUGGACGUGUCCCCGAAAGAAAAAGAACUUAUUGAAGAUAUGCUCAUUGUGGGCGACGAACAAGUCGUAGACGCCAUGGAACAGUUUGUCGUUCAUCGAAAUCCAGCACUUGUGCGACGGGUACUGCAUGGCCCUGCUGCAAAGGCACUGGACAGCCUUUCAACGGACUUUUCGUCGAUUAAUAUGCACUCACCUGCCGCUCCGACGCUGGAAGGCGACUUUAAUGAUCCAUUUCUUCUUAACGAUCCGAAUUUGAUUGUACGGACUGCAAUAGAGUCCCAAUCACAGCGACCGUCAAUGAUGAAUGUUGGUGACAUCCCGACAAUCGAUGCGAAACGUCCGUCGCUCCUUUUCGAUGGCGAUGCGCUUUCUAAUACUUCCAUCUUUCUACAACCGAUCAAGGAAAAGAUUACUCCGCCAUGUGGACAAUCGGCAAGGAUGUCGCUCUCUCUUUCGAGCGAUUUGGACCCGUGCAUGAACGCACAAGCGCCUAUGCAAUUAUUUUCUGUCGAAAAGCUACUGGAUGGUGUUCCAGUCGCGCGUGAUUUUCAUGAAAAGUACAGUGUGGGUGAAGUACUGGGAUCUGGCAAGUACUCAGUUGUGAAGCGAUGUACGAAACAAUUGACGAACGAACAGUUUGCUGUGAAAAUUAUCGACAAGAGACAGAUGACGGAGGUGCGAUUCUUAAAGCGAGAGCUUGAAAUUAUGUAUGAACUGCGUCAUGACGGGAUUGUGCGUCUUUUGGAGCUGUUUGAGAACAACGAAAGCCUAUUUCUAGUGAUGGAACUCUGCGGUCAGGAAUUGUUUGAAUUUAUUGAUCGGAAUGGACCAUUACCCGAGUCCGAUACACGUUCGCUUAUUCGUAAGCUUGUGCGUACAGUUUCAUAUCUGCACGCACAUUGCGUGGUUCACCGUGACAUUAAGCCAGAGAACAUCUUGUUGCCUUUAAAUAGUCAAGACUUGAGCGAUAUAAGGCUCUCAGACUUUGGCAUUGCACGAAAACUCGAAGGUCAUGGCCAUGACAAGGUGUUAACACCUCACGAAAGUCUAUCCGAAGUGGCAAAUCUUCACGAUGGUCCGACCACUAAUGCGACGGGAUUACCGUCUGCCACCGACAUGGUACGCAACCGUAUGGCAAGAGCACACACAAAAUGUGGCACGCGCGACUACAUUGCACCUGAAGUUAUGAGUGGAAAAGGCUAUGGCACAGAAGCUGAUCUGUUCAGUGUGGGCGUGGUGACGUUUGUGUUAAUAAGCGGUUGUGCACCGGUGUUUUUGCCCACAGGUGAUGGAGUCAAGAAGGUAUAUUUUGCAGAUGAAACAUGGAGUGGUGCAUCAGACGAGUUAAAACACUUUAUUGAAGCGCUUCUUGUACGAAAUCCAGAACAGCGAAUUAGUGCUGCAGAUGCAUUGGAGCAUUCAUGGCUGAAGCAUUAA